CGUUUCGCACGAAACGUUCACAAUACCAGAUUCUAAGAAGUUGAAAUUUCCACGGAGUUUAUUUACUCUUUGAAGUAAAAGCGCGCUGAAGUUGAUGACUUUUAAAAUCGAAAGUCACUUUGAAACAUUCGUGAUACUUAAAACUUAAAUCUGGAAAAUUAACAGUCGUUAAAAAUGAAAAAGUAGAAGUUGCAUGUGAUCUAUUAUAUAUUAUAUAGAUUAACAAAGAGCAUUUUAAUAUGACUACAAGAUAAUAAAAAGGAUUUGUUCGAUAAAGCAGAAUUCAGAAAUUUUCAUUGAACCUUGUAUGUAGCCUUGUUUAUUUGCUGUGAAAAUGUUCCAAAAAAGUGCAAGCGUAUCGAAGACACGGGUUAAUUACUCUCGAAAAGAACGAGAUCUUCUGCUGUUUGAAGGGAUGUCAUACAAAGAGAACGAAAUGGAUGGAAUUUAGCACAGAAGCAGUGUGACUUGAACAAGUAAAGUGACACUCUGCACUAUAAACGGAUCAGCCGGCAACUAACGACUUGAUUUUUACGACGUGCCAAUCACAGUUCGAGAAAUUCGGCGGUGACCAAUAGCGCAGCUUGAUUAGCAUCUUCAGCGAUAUACAAUCGAUAAUUCGAUAUAAUUUACGUGAUACCAACAGUAUUAAAUUAUCCUGCAAAUGGUUAGAGGGAUAAUUUUUCGAUUCGAAGCGGAAGUCGACACUUUUCAUCUGAAAAAUGACAGACAACGAAACAAAGCGACGGGAAAAGAAAUGCGAACGAGCUGUCUCCGAAUCUUAUCGUAAUGCUUUGCAAGCUUUCAUAGACCGCAGACGAUACUCGGACGACGUGGAAACAGACUCACUGUGCAGUCCUGAUAAAACAAGACGCGACUUUUUGGUAAAAACAAACAACAACAAAUGCGACAAUGAACUCAAAGCUCAAGAAUCAAAACCGAUCGUACCCGGAGUACCACACAUACUAGCCUCGGAGAUUUUCGAAAUCGGUUGGGUACCUGGCACGGAAGACCGAUACCUGGAGUUAAUUUUUGCUGAAUGGCAAAAUACCAGAGUUUCUCUGAAGAGGCACACGCAUCCGGAUUGCAAAGAUGCCGUGAAAGCUGACUUGGAUGUACUUUCGGAAAUUCGACAUCCAAACGUGCUACUGUUGAUGGCCACCACGCACACAGACGACCAUGGUUUAGUUUCCAUUUUCGAAUCCGUUGAUUGCACCCUCUACCACUAUAUACACGAUCAGGGUGAACGAAUAUCGAUACAAGGCAUUGCUAAAUGCGGAGGAAGACUGUCCGAUGCCUUAAGACAUACACACAUGCGCGGGUAUGUGCACAGUGCCAUCAGCUCCCAUUGCGUCUAUCUGACUUCCAGUGGCAAUGUAAAACUUGGUGGGUGGGAACUGGCCAUGCAAAUUGGAAGACCUAAACCGGAUAGGGAACACAAGGAACGUUUAAGGACCGAGAUCUUCCGUUGGCAAGCACCGGAACUUUUUCACAGUUGUGAACCACGCAAAGAGAGCGAUGUUUACGGGCUUACCUUGUUGAUUUGGGAAAUGUGUACAACGCACGUACCAUGGAGCGGAUACAGCAAAAUAGAUGUGGACAGACAGUACGCACACUGGAAACGUGGUGUCAUUAUGGAUUUAUACGAUUUCCCGCCUUUGCUUAAUAAUUUAUUAGAAGCUGGACUGCAACUGGAUGUCAAUAAAAGAACACUGGAUAUGAAUCGAAUGCGUAGAUUCCUUCAAAGAUUAGAGAUGCAAUACGAAGACGAAGAGUCUGUGUACAUCGACCAAUACACAAACAACAAUAACGAAAACGGAAAAACGUUCAUUUUGACAACAACGAAACCUCUCGUAGCAGCGCCUAAAACCAAGAGUUCAAGGCUAGCCAAAAGCGCUUCGGCCAAACAAUUGUCAUUCUCCGCGAUAAACUCCGAAUCACCGACGAAACAGUAUUUAUGUUCAAAAAAAUCGACGCCCAAGCAAAAUAUAAACUUAAAAGCGGUGACGCUCAACGAACAAGUAAACUUCUGCGCCGAGGACGUGAAACGCGUCGCCAAAGACGACUUUAAAAAAGACACGAACUUAUAUUGCAGCGUGCAGAAAAAUUAUAGGAAAGACAGUCGCUCCAGUUGCAAUUUAGAAGCAUCGGACGGCAUUCGAAAUGAAGAAAAUUUCGAAAAUAACUCUGAAGUAGCUUUGCAACCGUGGAACUACGAGUACAAAAAGGUGAGGGCACCGCAAGAAGACAUGGAAUCCAAAAGCACUUUGUAUUCCUCUUCCAUCUUAGAAUCCACCGACGACGAGUCCUUCAAAGAUGCGAGAUCCAACUUGAAACAGUUGAAGGAAACAUUGGCGAACAAACGAGAGCAUUUCUUUUACGGGAACGACUCGUCACCCAAUUUUGAAAAUACAAGUCCAAAGACUAAGAACAUAAUAAUGACUGAAAUAAAGAGCAAAGACUAUGAACCGCAUAAACCGGCUAGUCAUAAAACUAGCUUAGAGCCGAAAUUCAAUAAAUCUCCUGGUCAAUAUGAUCCGUCUUGUAUGAAAUCGUCGUUCCAACAAUGUCGGAAGAUACCUUACUUACACACACCGGAGAGUAUUAAGGGCGCGAUCAUUCAACCACAAGUAUUAAAUUCCGACCCAGAAAGCUUUUUCGAAACUUCUUUAUGGAGAAAGGAAAAGUUAAUUUGUUUGUCGAAAAUGAGAAAAACGUAUGAUGAUGAACUGAUAAACUACAGUGUACAGGAUACAAAUGAUAAUGAUACGGUUUCUACUAAUACCUUUAGCAAGAUUGAAACUACAGACACAAACUCUACAAAAAGCGACAAUACAUACAUUUUAAAUAGACGAGAACAAGAAACAGAAGCCAGCCAAGAAGGCUCAGUCUCUGAGCAUAGGAGUGAUUCAACGGAAACUGUUAGUAGUCCCCAAAGCAAACCAAUGCAGAUUUUGAAAGACGCUUUAGAUCGUGCUACGAAAAUUGUACGCCCUGGCACGCCAAACUCCGAUGAAAUGCGUUCGUCUCCUCUAUUUGAAAAAUACGAAGACUUCGAAGUUACGCCAGGCGAUAGUCCAGGCUCCAAAAACAUUUUCGAAAACAUGUACAAUUUGGGAGCGAACGAUAACGGCGAGGAAAUAAAAAGUAUCGAAAGGUCGACGAAGAGAGACAAAAUAUUUUUGUAUAGUAAGAAUAACAUAGUGGAUAAAACGACAAAUGAUAACAAACUCCAAAACAAAUUCGAAAAUGACAACAUCAAUUUUAAUAAUUAUGAUAAUCCAUCUCAUUCAUUCGAGACGACAUACAGCAGAAAUUUCGUAUGCGAAUCUAUCGCUGAAGUAUCGAGCGAAUGCAUUAAUAGUUCCUAUAAUGACACAAACUUAGAAAAGAAGAUUGAAGAAUUGUUUAGUAAUCAAGGAAGCACUGCUGAGGAAGAAGUGAAACCUUUGGAAAACAUACAACGUUUUAACACGACCGACAAGCAAAGUAAUACCGAGAGUCAGGUAAAAAUUAAAGAGGACGAAAACCAUCCCCAAUCGACGAACUUUAAUUUAAUGUUUCUAAAUGACUCAUCCAAAGUUAAAAAUUGUAAAUCGUGUCAUUCAUGUGCUUUACCAAGGCGACGUUCUUUACCAGCAGCAUUGAGCCAGUUAAGACUGGCUAAUAACUCAGCGUUGGGGAAGCUACCUAUACGGAGAGGGGAUAUUCCAGACAGCACUGUUGAAGACUUAUACAUAGAUGAUGAAUUCGGCGACAGUUUGAACGUUAAUAUGGUUUUGUUAGAUAAAGAUUUAUCAUUUGACGAGGAUUUCUUAUCCGAUUUAUCAGAAAUUUAGGGUACUAUACAAAAAUUAAAUAUCGUUUCCUUUAUUCAAUAUUAUGGUUAAUUUAUUAAAUUUUACUUUUAAAAAAUACAUUAAAUAUUACAUGAUCAUCAAGUUCCAAUACGCUUGGAAUACUCAGUACUGAAGAAUAAGCACCUACAAGUAUUUUAUGUUCAUUUCCAAAAAUAUUCAUAUAUUUUGUAACUUGACAUAUGUCAAUUAGUACACAAGUAUGUAUUUUUAUGUUGUGUAAAAUAUAUGAUCAAUUACUGCAGAGUACUAUAAGAUUUAAAA